GCAAAGCUUCAACAACAAAUGUUUGCUAUUCUCUCAAUCCAAAAAGUCUUCUAAAGCAGCUGGAACAGAUUAUUACAAUGGCAUAUCUUCUUCGAGCGAGUGUGAUUUUCAAAAUAUCGGAUAUUCGAACAUUCGGAAAACGACGAAUCC